UGAAGAAAAGAAGUCCAAGUGUAAAGUACCUAAUAAAAAUUUUCUUUAGAAUUAAAAUUCAUUUAUAAUAAGUAAAAAUGUUUGUCUACUUAAGUAAAAAGAUAGCAAUCCCAAAUAACAUUCGAUUAAAUGCUAUUGCUUGGAAUAGUGAUCAGGGAUAUAUAGCAGUAUGCGGUGAAGAUGGUCUUUUAAAAGUUCUAAAAUUAGAACAGGCAUCUGGUAAUGUUAAUGGAACAUCUAAAGGUGGUUUAGCAGCACUCAGUAAUUUAUCAAUGAAUCAAACUCUUGAAGGUCAUAAAGCUGCAGUUCAAGUAGUUACAUGGAAUGAACCACAACAAAAAUUAACAUCAUCAGACAAAACAGGUGUUAUAAUGGUAUGGAUGUUAUAUAAAGGUUCAUGGUACGAAGAGAUGACAAAUGAUAGAAAAAAGUCUGUUGUUAAAGGAAUGUCAUGGACAUCUGAUGGACAAAAAAUUUGUAUUGUUUAUGAAGAUGGUGCUAUUAUUGUUGGAUCUGUUGAUGGAAAUCGUAUUUGGGGUAAAGAAUUAAAAAAUACUCCCUUGACAGGAGUUCAAUGGUCACCAGAUAAUCGAUUAAUUUUAUUUAGCUUAGCAACUGGAGAAUGUCAUUUAUAUGAUAAUCAAGGAUCAUUUGUUAUGAAACUUAAUAUUCAAUGUGUUACACUGAGUGCAAAUAGAAAUUUCCCUAUUGUCGCAGUUAAUUGGUAUAGUGGUAAAGUACCGAUUAAUAGACCAGUUUUAUGUAUUUGUUAUGAAAAUGGUAAAGUACAAAUAAUGAGAAACGAAAAUGAUGAAGUUCCAAUUAUAAUCGAUACAGAAAUUCAGAAUACAGCAGCAAAAUGGAAUACAGAUGGCAGUGUUUUAGCAAUAUGUGGUGUUAAUGCAACAGUUGGUCUCAAAGAAACUAAUCAUGUGAUGUUUUAUUCGCCAUAUGGUAAACAUUUGAGGAGCUUGAAAAUUCCUGGUAGUGAAAUUACAUCCUUAUCUUGGGAAGGUGGUUCAUUAAGAAUAGCUUUAGCUGUUGAUUCUUUUAUUUAUUUUGCUAAUAUUCGUCCCGAUUAUAUGUGGUGUUACUUUGAGAAAACUGUAGCUUUUCUCAAUAGUGCCGAUACCAGUUCAAACAUAAUUACUUUCUGGAAUACGGUAUCAAAUCAGAGUUUUUUGAAAGAAAUUGAAAAUCCUCUUGCAAUGACUGCAUGUAACGAACAUUGUGUAAUUGCUGUUGAAACAAUUAAUAUGAAUUUUAAAGACACAAAUAUUCUUGUUGAAAAAAAUUUUAAAGAUAAACACUAUCAACUUUUAAUAUGUAAUUCAAUUGGGACUACUGUAGAUGCAAAAUAUACUGAUUUAAAACCAGAAUUCAUUGCAAUGAGUUUAACUUAUGUAUUGGUGGCAUCACAGGAUCAGUUUUUAAUAUGGCAUUAUCAUACACCGAAAGGUUCAUCCUCUUUACAUGGAGUGAAAACUAGAAAAGAUAAACGUUUCCAUAUUGAUGAUACCCCAUCUGGAGUUGCAGAAGUUCUUAAUGAUUUAGAUAAAGGUGGAUAUGAUCCGCCGAUAAAUAAUAAUCCUACACAUGAUCCUAUUUGUUGUGUAGCAAUGUCUGAAAAACUUUUGCUAAUAGCAAGGGAAUCUGGGGUUAUAAACGAAUAUAGUAUACCAACAGUUGCUUUGCAGACUCGGCAUAAAAUUGGAACUCGAGCAUUUAAAAUGUCCAUCAAUUGCAAUUCCACAAAAGCAUCUAUAAUUGAUAGUAAUGGUGUUAUGACUCUACUCGAUUUAGACGAAAACCGAGAGCAUAAAGUCAACAUAAAUCGUGUUGAACGUAAGGAUGUAUGGGCUAUAUGUUGGGCUAAGGAUAACCCACAACUUUUGGCUUUAAUGGAAAAAACUAGAAUGUAUGUUUUACGUGGCUCAGAUCCAGAAGAACCGAUAUCCUGUUCUGGAUAUAUAUGUUGUUUUGAGGAAUUAGAAAUAACGUCAGUAUUGUUAGAUGAUAUUAUUAGUGGAAUGGAAACACCAAAUCCAGUGGUUCACAUAGUACAAUUAAGAAUAAAAUCAUUAAGAGAUACGGAAGACUUACUUUUACAUGUUGGUGUACCUGAAGCAAAACAGUUUAUUGAAGAUAAUCCUCACCCAAGACUAUGGAGAUUGUUAGCUGAGGCAUCAUUAAAAAAAUUAGAUUUGGAAACAGCCGAGAAUGCAUUUGUAAGAUGUACAAAUUAUCCGGGAAUACAAUUGAUUAAACGACUAAAAAAUAUUCCUUCUGAAAUUUUACAAAAAGCAGAAAUUUGUGCCUUCUACGGGGAAUUUGAAGAAGCUGAAAAAUUAUAUAUGGAUGCCGAUCGCAGAGACUUAGCAAUUAAUUUAAGAACUACUUUAUGUGAUUGGUUUCGAACUGUACAGUUAUAUAGGAUGGGACCUGGAAUAUCUGAUCAACAAAUGGAAAAUGCUUGGAAGGAAAUUGGAAAUCAUUUCGCGAAUUUGCGAGCCUGGGAAAGUGCAAAAGAAUAUUAUGAAAAAGCUCAUCAUAUUGAAGGACUUAUGGAUUCUCUUUACCAUCUUGAGCAAUAUGAGGAAUUAGAAAAUUGCAUCAAUAUAUUACCUGAGAAAAGUUCACAGCUUUCAAAAUUAGCACAAAUGCUGGCUUCAGUUGGUAUGUGUAACGAGGCUGUUAAUGCUUACAUGAAACUUGGAGAUUAUAAAUCUGCAAUAAAUACUUGCGUAAAUUUACGCCAGUGGGGUCAAGCUGUUGAAUUAGCUCAACGAUAUAAGAUGCCACAAAUUGGGGCAUUGUUAAGUAAACAUGCAACGCAUUUGUUGCAAGAAGGUAGAUUACUGGAAGCAGUUGAGUUGCAAAGAAAAGCCGGUAGAUACCUAGAUGCGGCUCAUCUGUUAGCAAAAUUGGCAGAACGGGAAGUCGCAAAAAAAUCUAAUUUAUUACGUAUUAAAAAGCUUUAUAUUCUGGCUGGUCUUUUGACAGAAGAUCAUUUGAAAACGCAAUCAUCUUUGACUGGUUUUACAAGAGCUACAAUUUUAUCAGAACUUACACCUGAAGAUACAAAUCUAAUUGAGCAAAUAUGGCAUUGUGCUGAAGCUUUUCAUUUCAUGUUAUUGGCACAGAGGCAAUUACGUUUUGGAAUUGUUCAUAGUGCUGUCAUAACAGCUGUGCGAUUGAGAGAAUAUGAAGAUAUUUUAAGUAUUGAAGAUAUUUAUAGUAUUUUAGCUUUAGCAAGUUGUGCAGAUAGAUCUUUUGGUACCUGUUCGAAAGCAUUCAUCAAAUUGGAAUCUUUAACAAAUGUGACAGAAAAAGUUUUAACAGAGUAUGAAGACCUUGCUGUUAGUAUAUUUUCAAAAAAUGAGCCAUACGAUAAUGAAACAGAUCUCAUUACAUGCUAUAUGUGCGCUGCUACAAUGCCUGAUAGUUCACCGUCGUGUUCAACUUGUGGAAUUCAUUUUCCAGCAUGUGUUGCAUCUGGAAGACCAAUAACACAACCAAUUGAAGCAUGGAAAUGCAAUACUUGUCACCAUUCAGCGUUCCCAAUUGAAAUUUUAGACAGGAAGAGUUGUCCACUUUGUCACAGUGCUAUUAAACAUUAG